CACCGCCGGCAGCAUCCCUGUCCGGGCGCUGUUUGCUCCCAGUUCCCUCCCAGUGCUCCCAGUAAGUGCGGGACUGGCAGGGAGAGCGCUCCGAGUUCCUUCCCGCGGAUCUCAGGAUCCCUCCCGGUGCUCUCAGGAUCGCUCCCAGUGCCGCGGGGGAGGGGGCCGCUUGGGAACCCCCCCAGGGCAGAGCGCGGCUGCUUUUGGGGGUCGGCACUGCCCGGGCCGGGCUGGGGGCGGAGGAGCGGGAGGAAGAGGAGGGAGAGAAGGAGGAGCAGGGGCAGGACAAAGGAGGGACAAAGGAAGAGGAGGAGCAGCCCCAACCCUGCUCCGGCCGCAGCUCGCCCGGAUUCACCGGCAUCGCCCCCCUCGGAACACGCAGCCCAAACCAGGAUUUCCCAUUGCCAAGAUGAAAAAGGAGCAUGCUGCAAGGAAGAGGAAGAUGGCCCGGGAGCCCCAGGCAGAGCAGGAGCUGAGUGUGGAGAGGAGGGAGGACAAAUCCCCGGGGCAGAACCUGGUGGAAGAGGCCGUUUUGAGCAGCUCCACAGCACAGGAAGCCAACGGGGAGGAAAAGCCCCAGAAAUCCCGCAUAAGGAGGGGCUGCAAACACAGAUCGCGGGGAUCCAAGGAGGAAAGACCCACCAUGGGCCAUGAAGGCAGCCAGAGCUCAGAGCUGGGGGUCCAUGAGCAGCUUCAGGAUGGGGAGAAGCCCCACAAAUGCUCAGAAUGUGGGAAGAGCUUCAGGUGGAGAUCCUCCCUUAUCCGCCACUGCAGAAUCCACACAGGGGAGAGGCCCUAUGAGUGUGGGGUGUGUGGGAAGAGCUUCAACACAAGGUCCUACCUGAUUGUCCACCAGAGAAUGCACAGCGGAGAGAGGCCCUACCAGUGUUCCCACUGUAGGAAGAGCUUCAUGCUGAGCUCUCAUCUGAUUGUCCACCUGCGCAUCCACACUGGAGAGAGGCCUUAUGAGUGUGGGCAGUGUGGGAAGAGCUUCAGCAGAAGCUCCCACCUUCUUUCCCACCAGAGGUCUCAUACUGGGGAGAGGCCCUACGAGUGUGAUGAAUGCAAGAAGAGGUUUCAGACCAGCUCCCUCCUCCUCCUGCACCAGCGCUCACACACAGAGGAGCCGCUCUUCCACUGUCCCGACUGUGGGAAGGGCUUCAGGGUGAACUCCAACCUCAUCAAGCACCAGCGCAUCCACACUGGGAAGAGGCCCUCCAGGUGUCCCCAGUGUAGGAAGAGCUUCUCCAGGAGCUGCCAACUGAUUGUCCACCAGAGGAGCCACACGGGGGAAAAACCAUAUGAGUGUGGGCACUGUGGGAAGAACUUCAGUGAGAGCUCAAGCCUGAUUGUCCACCUGAGGAGCCACACUGGGGAGAGGCCCUACGAGUGUGGGGAGUGUGGGAAGAGCUUCAGCACAAGCUCCAGCCUCAUUGUCCACCAGAGGACCCACACGGGGGAGAGGCCCUACGAGUGUGACCAGUGCAGGAAGAGGUUCCAGACCACCUCCUCUCUCCUCCUGCACCAGCGCAUUCACACAGACGAGAAGCCCUUCCGCUGCCCUGACUGCGGGAAGGGCUUCAAGCAGAACGCCACUCUCAUCAGCCACCGGCGCAUCCACACUGGGGAGAGGCCCUACAAGUGUGGGCUGUGUGGGAAGAGCUUCUCCCAGAGCUCUACCUUGACCAGACACCAACGGAUCCAUGAUGGGGAGAAGCCCCACAAGUGCUCGGAAUGUGGCAAAAGCUUCAGCCAGAGAUCCUCCCUUAUCCGCCACUGCAUAAUCCACACUGGAGAACGGCCCUACGAAUGUGAUGAAUGCAGGAAGAGGUUUCAGACCAGGUUCUGUCUUGUCAGGCAUAAGCGCAUUCACACAGAGGAGAGGCCCUUCCACUGCCCCGACUGCUCGAAGGCCUUCAGGGUGAAAUCCAGCCUCAUCACCCACCUGCGCAUCCACAGCGGGGCAAGACCCUAUGAGUGUCCUGGGUGUGGGAAGAGCUUCGCCCAGAGCUCCACCCUGACUGCCCACCUGAGAACCCACACUGGGGAACGGCCCUACGACUGUGCAGAGUGUGGGGAGGGCUUCAGAACAAGCUCUGAACUGACCAUCCACCAGAGAAAACACACUGGGGAACGGCCUUUUGAGUGUGUGGAAUGUGGGAACAGCUACAAGACGAGGAGCCACCUGAACCGCCACAUGGGAAUCCACACAGGGUGGAAAUGCAAGCUCAAAAAGUGUGGGGAGUGUGGGAAGAGCUUCAGAUCGAACUCUGAACUGAUUAUCCACCAGAGGAUCCACACGGGGGAACGGCCCUUUGCGUGUGGGGAGUGUGAAAAGAGCUUCAUGUCAAGGUCCCAACUGAGCUACCACCAGAGGAGCCACACUGGGGAGAGGCCCUACGAGUGUGAUAAAUGCAGGAAGAGGUUUCAGACCAGCUCCUCUCUCCUUAUACACCAGCGCAUUCACACAGAUGAGAGGCCCUUCCGCUGCCCUGACUGCGGGCAGGGCUUCAGGAGCAACUCCACCCUCACCAGCCACCGGCGCAACCACACCGGGGAGAGACCCUAUGAGUGUCCCGAGUGUGGGAGGAGAUUCCAGGAGAGCUCAGCCUUGUGCUGCCAUCAACGAAAGCACCACUAAGGGCAGCCCUGAGAGUGCCCCGAUUUCGGGAAGAGCUUUGUGUGCUGCUCCAGCUCCAUCCCCUAUGGGAGAUCCACCCUGGAUGAUCCCCAGUGAGCCCCAUUGAUCCGUGGUGCCGGUGAUCCGUGUUGGGAAGACCCUGCCUGGGGGCUCCACAUCCUCCUGGCUCCCUGUGGGCACCUGGAAACAUCCACAGACCAACAUCAGAAACCUGUUGUGGAGGGCAGAUUUGUUGACUUCUGACCCCAGAAAAAACUCACUUUUUGCAUCUUCUGGUGUCAUCUGGAUGGCCUUGGAGGUCUUCUCCAACAUAAAUCCAUCAUUUUAAUUUUCUCUGGCCCACGGGCAUCUUCCACAGCCAAAUGGGGAUGAACUGCAGUAAAACCCCUGAUUUUGGAGGCAGCGGGGUAGAAACCUCUCCAAAAAAGGUUCUUCCCACCCACUCAAGGAUGUGAUUGCUCUGCUGGCAGGAACACAUAAAUCUUUUCUUUUUUUUGGCCUUGAAACAAAAAAGUUUCUGUUCAUCCCUUUGAAAGCCCUGAAACUGGAAUAAAAAUAAAGACAUUGAACUAAGGCAUUGAUGGGGACAUGUGAGAACAUGGGAAACAUG